UCACUCACGGGUGGCGAUAUCCCCCCAUGGGCAACCAGCUGACCUUGAGACCCUCGCAUGUUUAGCCCCCCUGUUGAUACCCGCAAGCCUCCUUUGGAUGACGAUGAAGAGGGCGCCCUCAACACUGGUUCUAACCUCUUCGUCACCGGCAUCCACCCCCGUCUGACCGAGUCGGAUAUUUCGCGUCUCUUCGAGAAGUAUGGUGACGUCGAGAACUGCUCGAUCAUGGUCGACCCUCACACCAAGGAGUCUCGUGGCUUCGGCUUCGUCAAGAUGGUCACCGCCGAGCAGGCUGAUGCCGCCAAGGAGGGUCUCCAGGGUGAGGUCAUUGAGGGACGUACCCUGAGCAUCGAGAAAGCUCGUCGUAGCCGUCCCAGAACCCCUACUCCUGGCAAAUACUUCGGUCCCCCCAAGCGUGGUAUGUUUCGAAUUUCCUUGCUUAACGUGUGAACAAAUCGACUUCUAAUACCGACUAUAGAAGACUUCCGUGGAGGUCCCCGUGGUCGUGGUGACCGC